AUGUCAGUGCCAGAAAGAAUGCGAGCUGUCCUAUUGAAAGAUUUCGGUGAUCGCGAUAAUUUGUAUAUUGGCGAAACAGAUGUGCCAAAAAUAAAAGAUGAUGAAAUAUUGAUAAAAGUCCAUGCAUUUGGCGUUAAUCGAGUGGAUAUUGUACAACAAGCAGCUGGAGAGAUUGUUGAUGUCGGUGAGCAAGCUAAAGACAAAUGGAAGAUCGACGAUAAAGUGAUGGUAUUAGUUACCAAUGGUGGCUAUGCAGAGUAUGUUGCCGUGCACAUGGAUUGUACGAUGAGGAUUCCGGAAGGAAUUUCGGUAGUUGAUGCUGCUGGUAUACCAGAAGCAUUUCUUACUGCAUUUCAAGGUUUGAGAGUGAUUGGAAAUAUAAAAAGGAAUGAUCUUGUUCUCAUUCAUGCCGGUGCUAGUGGUGUUGGCACUGCGGGUAUUCAAAUUGCGAAGUUUUUCGGUGCUAAAAUAGCAACCACCGCUGGAAGCAAUGAAAAAGUUGCCUACUGUAAAAAACUCGGUGCUGACAAGGGAAUCAAUUACACUCAUGGACCUUGGACGAAUACUUUACUUGAAUUCGCUCGAAGCUUGAACAAAGAUGGCUAUGAUAUUAUUUAUGAUAAUAUUGGCAAAGACUACGUGCAAGCCAAUCAAGACGUUCUUGGUGUUGAUUCACGUUGGAUUGUUCAUAGUCAUCUGAGUGGACCCGAAGCGGAUAAACUAUCGUUUGCAACUUUGUUGAAGAAACGUAUUACGUUGUGUGGUACUGUUCUGCGAGCCCGAUCGAUCAAUUAUAAAACGAAUUUGAUCAGGCAGUUUGAAGAUGAAAUCAUGAAUGGUUUUGUCGAUGGUAGACUCAAAGUUAUUGUUGACAAAACAUGGCCCAUGGAACAGAUCGCCGAAGCUCAUAAAUACAUGGAAAAUAAUUUAACCAUGGGCAAAUUAGUGGUGACUAUUAUACACAAUAAAUAA